AUGAACAUUGCUCACAUCCACGUGCAGCAGGAUGCUGAAACACUAUACGAGUAUCAUCAGCUGCACACGGAUAUCAAUGAGAGGGCCGAUGCCAUCUUCUGUCUAUGCAGCCUUGACACACGUGUCGCCGAGCGAGCCGCCCAGCUCUUUCUCUCUGGUUUCGGAGAUCACCUCAUCUUCUCUGGGGGCUCCGGCAAGCUUACCCAUAACCGCUUCGACAAGCCCGAAGCCGAAGUCUUUGCAGAUAUCGCUCGCCGCAUGGGUGUGCCCGAAACGAAGUUGAUAAUCGAGCCGCGCUCGACAAAUACAGGCGAGAACGUUCGGUUCACGUAUGCUUUACUUCAAGAAAAGCAGCUGUCUAUAAGCUCCUUUAUUCUCGUCCAAAAGCCUUACAUGGAACGCAGGACAUUUGCGACCUUUAAAAGGCAGUGGCCCGAUUCCAGCACACAGAUCCUCGUUACAUCGCCACAACUUACCUGGAAGGAAUAUCCGAACGAGGACAACCCGGUAGAUCUGGUCGUCAAUAUCGCAGUUGGUGACCUGAUCCGAAUUCGAGAGUACCCGGCCAAGGGCUUCCAAAUUCCCCAGGAAAUCCCAGACCGAGUCUGGGCAGCAGCAGAACGACUCAUUCAGAGAGGAUAUAAUAGCCAUCUACCAUAG